CGACGUAAAUCAAGUAACAGAAAAUAUUAGUCGCAAAUUCAAGUUUACACCUGAGAAACACAAAAUCUUCCUUUUUCGCCCUCUCUCUCCGCUACCCAGUCCCAAUCCCAAUCCCACCCGCUUUUAUUGAAGAAACCCAGGCUUCUUCUUCCCCUUCUCAAAACCAGAAAUCCUCUCCUUUUGCCUCUUCAAUCAACCGUCUACUGAAAGCCUAAGGUUUCUCUUUUAUGCCAAUUCAAAGACACGGGCCCUGAUUUUUUUUUUUCCUUCAGCAUAAUUGAAGGAUUUUGUUAAGGAUAUAUGUAAGUGCCCGAACCCAUUUUGAUGCUCUCUUAUUAAUAUAGUUAGCUAUUUCUUCUCUUCUCUUACUGUGUCUCAUCGGUACCUGUCGCGUUUUUUCGCCAUCAAAAUUGGGUGAGUUAGACUUCUUCCUGAUUGCUGUUUUCAUGUGCAAUUUUGAUUAUCCAUCUGUUUUUCAGUGGAAAUGAAAUGAAAGUCUACAUUUGUUAUGUGCGAAUUAUCUGUCAAUUUUUUAGUAUAGUAGUACCUGGUUUGUACUGUGAUUAUGCUUGACUUGAAGAAUUUUCCUGUACUAUUUACUCUGUUAAAAAUUAAAAUGAGAGCUGUCCCAGUAUCAGAUGGAAAUGAUGGCCGACAGCAAGAUUUGGGAGGAAAUUGAUCAAUCCGAGAGCUACCUUGUUUCUUCCAUGUACGAAGAGGCACUUUCAUUGGCGUCAUCUACUCUGAAAGUACUACUUGAGAAUAAGAAUAUUAUAUCCGAAGAAACAGUGGAUGGUCUUCAGUUUUAUGACAUGAUGGAGUCUGCUGGAAUGGUCUUGGUUCAGUCCCUGAAGGGACUUGGCAGGAGUUUGGAGAUUCUGAACGAGCUCAAGUUAUUGUUUGUACCUUUUGCCGCUAUUCCUGUUAAAGUUCUGCUAACUGGGGUAGUUUUUCAAAUAUCAGAAGAUUCAAUAUCUGGUGUUCGAGAAAUCCUUGAGGAGUUCCUUAGCAAGUGGGUCUAUGCUGAUGAGGGUUACUAUAUUCUUGUUGAUAAAGAAGUAAAUAUGGAUUCCAUGGAAGAAUAUGAGAGGAAAGUUCUCUUGGAUGUUGAUGUGUAUAUGGAAGUUGUUGAGGUAUAUGCUGUGAAAGUUCUUGGUAUGAUUCUCAAGGAUGUGGAUCUUGCAAUCUCUUGGGUCGAGAAGGCUGCAUUACCUGAAGACACGCAACAGGUGCUUUUGAGAAGAUUGCACUCCUUAUACUCUCAUAAAACCACCAAUGCCUCACAACGUUCCCCUUCAUUACUUCCCAAAGAUAACCAUGAAGCUCAAUUUCCACCGGAAAGUUCAAUUGCAUCUGGGAGAUCCUUAGAUUCUAAUUACCUGCUUAAUGGGGAGAUUGAUAGUAAACAACCAAUUUUGAAAUUCUCCAAACAAGAAAACCCAUUUUUUAGGUGGUUCCGCAGUAUCAUGUCAAAAUUUGGUAAAACUCAGUUGACGAAGCCUAAUGGGAGAAUUGUACUAAGCUGCUUUAUCUUUCUUCUAUAUUAUGUUUUGAGGCGAAAACAAGCUGCUUUAAUGAGGAUUUUUAGGAGACAAGUCUUUUCCGCGAAAAAGGUUUUGAGUGACUUGUGGCAACUUGCUUUUUCCUAUCAAGUGAACCCGUUGGCUGCUGUUCAGCCUCUUCCUGCUGCAACACGAGCUGGCCAUUGAUUAGUCCUUCACUCCAAUAGUUUUAUCUUGAAGAUGAUUUCACGACAGGUUUUGAUUUCUGUAUGGAAAGGGUUUAUUCUUUCAUUAUGCCUCAGCAUUUUUACGAAGUUAUAUACCAGCUAAAGAGAGCAUGCGUAUACUAUACUGAGAUACUCGAGAAUAAGGGUUAAUUUUCACUAUAAAGGAACCAGUAGCAUUUGAGGUUUUGGAGAAAAGCUAAAACAAUAGUAUGGCAGAAGUUUCCAAUCAUAUGGUGGAUGGUUCUGCUUUCUUCAUUUGUAAUUUGUAUGUGUAUUUUUGUUUUAUAAUUUUCAGGGUGAUUGAGCUGGAAUAAAUACACGCCCUUGUAUUAUCAAUUAUCACACUUGUGGUUGAUAA